AUGGGCACGUGGAUUCGAAUUGCACAGAAACUGAAAACUAAACUACCCUCCAUAGCCGAUCUUCGACUAGCCGGCUUCGCGAUUCUGUGGGUAUUGCAACGAGCUCUGGGACCUCGUCACACAUUCAAAAGGAUCGGAGGUGCAUCGCUGUUAUUACGAUCAUAUUCAGUUGAAUGCCUUGAUGGUUAUCGGCGGUGCAAACAACCUAGGUGGGAAACUACCAGAUCGGAUUUGAACCUUGAUUGGGGCAACAAUAACCAGCCCAAAAGCCCCGUAUAUUCACCGAGCAUCUCAUUCAAUAUGUGGUUAAACAUACAGAAACACGAGUCCGGCCGGCCCAACCCUGCCGAAACAGAACGUCAACAUCCAUUGGGAUAUACAUAUAUUAGUUCUGAGGGAAACGAUGGACGAAAGCUCGUCCCGAUGCGACUAAGUGGCGACAAUAGAAGCAAUGCUAAUGGCGAGAGUAUUCAAGGUCAACUAUGGCAACAAGUGCCUGACGUUUCUCUACCAACAACCACUGCGCAGGACUUGUGGGGAGCGUUUGCAGGUUCCGAUUUGAACCAUUGGAAUGACCCUUUUAUGGCGAAUGCUCGAAGCGUAUAUUUUCCACAAGAAGUUGUGCGUGCGCCUAUUCAGCACCAAGGAGGAGGAAAUUUUAUAGCUAGUUCCAACGAAACAACUAUGUCUGGAUUAACAAAGGCUGAUAUGGGAACUUUUAACGGUAACCAGACCGACCAUUCAGCUGUUGAGACCAAACGCAGGUCGCAGGAGGGCAUUGAUCUCACAACACAUUCAGCAGGGCCUAAAUGUAGUGGGCCAAUGUUGACGGGCUGCCUUAAUCAAAUCAAUCACCUUGACCGUCAAGACAUGACAAAUUUGAGGAUGUAUAACUGGGGGUGCAAUGCAACAACAAAUCUCCAGCUGCAGCUCGUUGUUUUCGCCUGA